ACAUACCUCUGUGUUGUGCAGGUAUGGGAAAAGUGCAGCUAUGGAAAAAGAGAGCUACUCAGAAGGGAGCUCCGGGCCCAUCUGGUUGGAUGAUGUGAUCUGCUCCGGGAAGGAGACAAACCUUCUGCAGUGCUCCCACAGGGAGUGGGGGAAGCACGACUGCAACCAUCAGGAGGAUGUCAGACUCAUCUGCCACCCGGAGAACGACAGCCACAAGCGCUCACUUGGUCCUCCCAUCAGGCUGAUGGAUGGCGAGAAUAAGAAGGAAGGACGUGUGGAGAUUUUUAUCAAUGGCCAGUGGGGCACAAUUUGUGAUGAUGGAUGGUCUGAUAAGGAUGCAGCUGUAGUCUGCCGACAGCUUGGCUACAAAGGUUCAGCUAGAGCAAGGACAAUGGCCUAUUUCGGUGAGGGCAAAGGCCCCAUCCACGUGGAUAACGUGAAGUGUACAGGAAAUGAGAGAUCCUUGGCAGACUGCAUUAAGCAGGACAUUGGGACGCACAACUGCCGGCACAGCGAGGACGCGGGGGUCAUCUGCGACCACCUCAGCAAGAAAGUCCCUGGCAACAGCAAUAAAGAUUCUCUUGCUUCUGUUUGUGGGCUGAGGUUACUCCAUCGUCGACAAAAGCGAAUAAUUGGUGGGAAAAAUUCUUUACGGGGCGGCUGGCCGUGGCAGGUGGCACUGCGGCUGAAAUCCUCUCAUGGCGAUGGGAGGCUCCUGUGUGGUGCUACUCUCAUCAGCAGCUGCUGGGUCCUCACUGCUGCACACUGCUUUAAAAGGUACGGCAACAACACUCGCAACUACGUGGUGCGGGUUGGGGACUACCACACGCUGGUGCUGGAGGAGUACGAGGAGGAGAUCGGAGUCCGGGAGAUCGUGGUGCACAAGGAGUACAGGCCUGACAGCAGCGACUACGACAUUGCCUUGCUGAGGCUGCAGGGGCCCGAGGAGCAGUGCGCCAGGUUCAGCACCCACGUCCUCCCUGCCUGCUUGCCGCUGCGGAGAGAGCGACCGCACAGAACUGCUCCCAACUGCUUCAUCACUGGAUGGGGUGACACAGGACGGGCUUAUUCGAGAACAUUACAGCAAGCUGCCAUCCCCUUACUUCCCAAGAGGGUGUGUGAGGAGCGCUACAAGAGGAGAUUCACAGGGAGGAUGCUCUGUGCUGGAAACCUGCAGGAACAGAAACGUGUUGACAGCUGUCAAGGAGACAGCGGAGGACCACUGAUGUGUGAGCGCCCGGGGGAAAGCUGGGUCGUGUACGGUGUGACCUCCUGGGGCUACGGCUGUGGGGUCAAAGAUUCCCCAGGUGUCUACACAAAAGUAUCAUCUUUUGUACCCUGGAUUAAAAGUGUGACCAAACUAUGAAUGUCCAUAAUGAAAACCAAACUUUGAGCAGGACAACUCGAACAGCACAUGCAGUUGUGCACAGCUGGGGCCCACAGUGGGUGGAAACAGACAUUUUCCUGAUUCCUGUGUUUUUGUUUUUAUUAAAUCCAAGCUGUAUACACACAACCCUUCCAGUUAGGGAUUACUGUCCUUCCUGUUCCAGAAGUUUAAAUAUUGCAUGAACAAGUUACCAUGUGUCUAAGGGGAAAGGUGAUAGCCAGCUAGAGCAGUACUGGAGCAGGACAGCUGGGGACUUCGCUGAGACUCACUGCCCACGUGACUGUAGCUCCAAGCUAUUUAUGCUCCAAGCUUCUCUACAGUUAAUUACAGAUCUCAAUUCAUCUCCAGCCCAGUUUAUUUAGUCUAUUAUUCCUAUGAUUUUACACUCAGUCCCCUAAAUCUGACUCGUUCCAGUAGCUUAUGAGACCAUUAGUAGCCCGACUCUUGCUAAGUAAUUCUGAGUACACAUUAAAUGCAGGAAAGGAAACAAUGGCCAAUAAUCACAUCCCCACCUAGUCUGUAAAUGUCCUCACAGGUUAGUGUCCCUAAAGUACAUUCCCAGACAAAACAGGCACUACAAUGACAGUUUCCCCACAAACAUCCUGCACAGCUGCAAGAGCAACCACUUGUCCACUUUACCUAAGAAGCAUUUGUGACAUUUCUGAAAUUUGCAAUUUUGAGUAUAUAAAGCAUUUUGGGGAGGAUUCACUUUUUCUGUUUACCACUAGCUGUCAGUACAGACUAACAAACAUCCCUAUCCUUGCAUUGCUGGCCUUUCCUCAAGUAGUGCAAAGAACCUCGGUCAAUCCUACCAGGCAAAGUUACACAUACAAUGGAGUUGUUGAGCAAAAACUUGUCUGAAGUUGUCUAUGAAGUCUUAAACCAUGUUAUCUGUAAAGUAAUAGUUAGACAACUCUCUCCUGCUUAGUUGUAACACUGGUUCAGACUGAUCUCAAAGGAAAGACUUCUAAAGUACUGACCAUCUUGAUUUCAUUAAAUUCCUUUUCCAAAUACUGUUCCCUGUGCUAUGAAAUCCCUAACAACUUAUUAUAAAAAUGCACUGAUAACCAACUUACUCUCCAGUGAGCCUAGAACACAGGAGGUAAUCACCACCUUAGUGUAACACUGAAAGGCAUCAGUCUGGGAAUCGCCCAGGAACUGAUUCAGUGGGGAGGGAGCCACAGCAGCUCAGCACCACAAUCCCUGGCCAAGGCCACGCUCCAGGUACCACAACCAUCAUCAAUCAACAGCUGCGCUCCUACAAACACAACCAAAAGCUGUGGGCCAUGAAGCGCUCCCGUGUGACAAGUGUGGCAGAUGAGUGUCAACACAUUGUGAUUGUGCAAACUGUGACUACCAGUGACUGCUUACCCAUUUCCUAUUGCCCAAACUGGCUGUGACUGUGCUGUGUGGUGUUUUGUGAACAAGUGGGGUGCCUGCAUUCAUGCUCUAAGCAGGCAAUCAUUCGUUUUUGUACGGCUGUGUGUCUCUCCGCUGUUGUAACAAAUAUAUCCAAGACCACUCACUUGCACACAAAGUGGCAACAAUAUUGCAGCAGCCCAUGUGAUUGAACAUUUGGCCCUUAAUAUCUCCGACCCCAAAUUUAGGUGUGCAAAGGUCAGGACUAAUUACUGUAACUGGUGCUAAACUAGUAAGAGGUGCUUUAAUAUAUUAGUUCUCUGUAAUUCCACACUAUUUGAAAUAGUGGGAAAUACUUUAAAACACCAUAAAUCACUGUACUGUGACCACCUCCUGUUAGACCAAUGUGAAACACUGUGCUAGUGAGCUUUGAAACCAUCAUGUUUUUACUUCUGUAUAGCCCUUAAUUAGUGGGGAAGUCAGUCUGUCAAAAUACAUCUGCAUGUAACAUCUGAGCUUUGUUGUACAAGACCCAUUGAGACUCGUGGUGAAGCAGGCUACCUAGUGCAAUAUAUGCCUUGUAUACAGGGGAAAUAUUCAUCUUCUAAUAGCUGCACCACAGAAACAGGGUACUUGGGGGGGGAACUAAGCCGGCAUACUAAGUGUAGUAAACGUUUAGAUUCAGUACUUUGUUAUUUUUGCUUUUAAUAGAGUGCUUUGGUAGAUUUUAAAAUGUUGCACACUACUGUUUCCAUGCUGAGCAUGCCUUUUCAGUUUCUAACAAGAAAUGAAACUGUCUCCAUCUUACGCCAUUCUCGUUUUUUUGCUCAGUGAGCCUGAUGGUGUACAAGUGUUCAAUAAAAGCUGCCACACUGA